AUGUCACGAACAGCAAAUGACUCACAACAAAUUGAGAAUGGAGAUCAGCAGCAAGAAGGUGCAUUAGAUGAGUAUGCCCAAGAGGGAGAAUAUGAAUCAUCUUCAGAUUAUGAUGACGAACUGUUUGUUGACAAAAAGGAAAAGUCUAGGAGACCGAAAGAAAACUCAUUCACACAACAAAGAUUAAAAGCCAUAAACCCCGUGUUAACUGCAAAGACGGUUAUUCCGUUGUUGGUUGCCAUUGCCAUAGUAUUUGUGCCUUUGGGUGCAGCCAUGUGGUAUGCAUCGCAUAGAAUUGAAGAUAUCACAAUUGAUUACAGCCAAUGUCAAAAUUUGGCUAGCUUUGAUUACUGGUCAGAUAUUCCUGAUAAUUUUACUACUUAUAACUUCCGAAAUAUCAAUGCAAACACCGAGCCAAAGCCAAAGUUUUCAUGGAAGUUAACAAAUGACACAUCGCAGCAAUUCGACGAUGAAAAGUUAGUGUGCCAGGUGCAGUUCGAAGUAUUGGAGAAAAUGAAGGGUCCAAUUUAUCUUUACUAUCGUUUACAUAACUUCUAUGCUAAUCACAGACGUUAUGUUAAAUCUUUCAGUGAGGACCAAUUGAAUGGAAAGCCAGCAACCUUAGAUACUAUAAAGAACACGGUAGGACAAAACUGCCAGCCUCUCUCAGAUAUCAAUGGGAAAAGAAUUUACCCAUGUGGGUUGAUUGCCAACUCUUUAUUUAACGAUACAUUUACGGAAGCAUUCGAAGCUGUCAACGGGACAUCAAGUGACAAUACACUUGUAUUGACAGAUAAAGGAAUUGCCUGGUCAACCGACAAGAAUAGAUUUAAGAAAACCCAAUACAACUAUACUGAGGUUGUGCCACCACCAAAUUGGUAUAAGAAAUUUCCAAAUGGAUACAAUGAGACAAACAUUCCAGAUAUAUCUACCUGGUACCAAUUUCAAAAUUGGAUGCGUCCGUCAGCUUUAGCUACAUUCAAUAAGUUAGCCUUGCGUAAUGAUACUGGAUCGUUAGAGCGUGGUAUAUACCAAAUUAGUGUUGGAUUACAUUUCCCAGUUUUACCAUAUAAGGGAAAAAAAUAUUUGUACAUCACCCAAAGAUCGGUUAUUGGAGGAAAGAAUGACUUUUUAGGUAUCAGUUGGAUGGUUGGUGGAGGUAUUUGUUUUGUAUUAGGAUUAGCCUUGUUGGUGAUUAAUUUUGUGAAACCAAGAAAAACCGGAGAUGUGAAUUUGCUUAGUUGGAACCAAGAGAAAACAAAGAGAGAUGAACAAAGUGCUGCAGCUGCCGAAGGUGUCACCACUGGGUUUGAAAAAUGA